AUGUGGCCUUUCACAUCAUCAUUCAAGAGCAUUGUUGAAGGCAAACGCGCUCAACGCAACGCAGCUAUAGCUAACGCUGUUGCUUAUACGAUUGAACACCAAGAGUAUCUGAACGCGACAGCGACGCAGAUUGUUCAGCGGAUCGAAAAGGGGGAAUGGACUGCUUCAGGUGUCCUAGAAGCGUACAUUGCGCGCGCUGUGCAAGCCCACAACAAGACAAAUUGUUUGACGGAAAUUCUUUUCGAACAGGCGCGAAAGGAUGCUAAGCUCCUCGACACCGAAUUCUCUAAGACGGGGAGACUGAAAGGGCCCCUGCACGGUGUGCCUGUCAGCCUGAAGGACCAAUACGAUGUGAGCGGUGUAGAUACCACCAUUGGGUUUACCCAGUGGGCCAACAAUCCUGCUGCUGCGGAUGCUUCGAUAGUCAAGCAACUCCGUGCAGCUGGUGCCAUCCCCUUGGCCAAAACGAAUGUACCACAAACGAUGCUUGCCUUUGAAUGCUCCAACCCUCUCUGGGAACGCACCACCAACCCAUGGAGUGCCGCACACACCUGUGGCGGCUCCUCUGGUGGGGAGGCUGCGCUCUUGGCAAUGGACGGCUCUGCGCUGGGUGUCGGGUCGGACAUAGGCGGCAGUCUGAGGAUCCCAGCAUCGUACUGUGGCGUCUACGCGCUAAAGCCCGGAUUCGGGCGGAUCGCCUACACUGGCAGCAGAGGUGCGAAUCAAGGCUUCGAAGGUGUUCGCGUCGUAUCGGGGCCCAUGAGCCGCUCAGUCGAGGACAUCGAACUGAUCUCGAGGCUUGUCUUUGGUGUUCAAGAUGACAACUACUACCCUGCACCUAUACCCUAUAGAGAUGUUACAUUGCCCGCGACGUUGCAUUUCGGGUACUACACAUCAGAUCGAUUUGUCAAAGCCUCUCCCGUCUGCAAACGUGCGGUUUUGGAAACUGUUGAAGCUCUAAGACUCGCAGGACACAAGUGCACCGAGUUGGAACUUCCGGAAGCCCCACGUCCACUGGAACUAUUUGCUGGCUUGACCUCUGCAGACGGUUACGAGACACUUAUCUCACCCCUUGGUCCUGAUCCCAAAGAAAGUAGUCUAUUUCUAGUAACUCUUGGCCCGAGCAUGCCAGACUUCGUUAGAAGAAUUGCUUCUUGGGCUAUCACGACCUUCAUCGGUGACUCCAUCUUUGGAAAGCUGAUGCUGCACUCGAGGAAGAAAACAGUCGCGGAAUAUUACAAGUAUACGGACCUCAAGAACAACUAUACACGCAACUGGAACCAGGAGGUAUGGGGCAAGUAUGGUUUCGAUGGAAUCAUUGCGCCUGUGCAGGCGAUGCCGGCACUUCCACAUGGAGGUUGCGACAAGCUCUCGCCGCUUGCAAUUGCCACGAUUCAAUACAAUAUUGUCGAUAGCCCUGUCGGCGUCAUCCCCGUCACCCGCGUCGACCCUACUCUGGACCAGCUCACUGACGAAUGGCGCACCGCAUCCGACCACGGUUCGAAACUGCUCGAGGCAGAGCUCUACGGCAAGAACCCCGUAUACAAUCCAGAGUUGAUGAAGGGUCUGCCGGUGGGCGUGCAAGUCGUUGGGCGUAAAUGGGAGGAGGAGAAAGUCAUUGCGAUGAUGCAUGUCGUGGACAAGGUUCUAAAGAAGAAACGGACGGGAUUCGGACCUGGCAGCUGGACACCGAGCGCUGUGUAGAGUCUGAUGGGGACUAUACGCUGGUAUAGGACUUCGAGUGAUUUAGCGGAUAUGGGAUGGAUAUUGGAUUUAUAUUGUAGGCAGGGCGAUGUGUUCAUGCUUUCAUUUAUGUUACACACACACACACACACAUGAUGAACGAG